AUGCCUGUCGUUAAACGAGGACUCGUCGCACCACAAAAUACAUUCCUUGAAAAUGUUAUCAGGCGCUGCAAUAAUUCUGAUACUAGUUUUAUACUAGCAAACGCUCAAAUAGUAGAAUAUCCGAUUGUUUACUGUAACGAUGGUUUUGCUAAAAUGGUAGGAUAUUCCAGGGCUGAAAUUAUGCAGAAACCUUGCUCACUUUCCUUCAUGCAUGCGGAGUACAGUGGACCUGAAGCAGUAAAGAAGAUUCAAAAUGCGCUCGAUAUGUGUCAACAUGAAAGAACAGAAAUUGGUCUACGAAAGAAAAACAGAAGUGUCCUUUGGUUGUUGGUGCAUAUCGCCCCAAUCAAGAAUGACCGUAAUCAAGUGGUAUUAUAUUUGUGCCAGUUCAGGGAUAUCACGCCCCUUAAACAACCACUUGAUGAUGAGAAUAAUAAAGGCUUUUCACGAAUUUUACAAAUUGCAAGAAUUGCAAAAAGCAGACAACAAUUUAAUCAAAUUGAAACGAAAGAUCUGCACAAGACGACAAGCACGACGUCAUCAAACUUCAAUCAGGUGAUGAACCUCGGUGGCGAUUUACUACCACAGUAUCGGCAAGAAACACCAAAAACUUCACCACACAUCAUUUUGCAUUACUCGACAUUUAAAACAAUAUGGGAUUGGUCUAUUUUGGCUCUUACUUUCUAUACUGCUUUUAUCGUACCUUACAAUAUUGCCUUCAAGACACGGGAACAUCCACCCCGUGGUAACAUUGAUAUGGUCGCUCUAAUGGAUUCUAUCGUUGAUGUGAUUUUUUUUGCUGAUAUUUUAUUAAAUUUUCAUACAACAUUCGUUGGACCCGGUGGUGAGGUAGUAAUCGACCCGAACGUAAUUAGGUAUAACUAUUUUAAGUCAUGGUUUCUUAUCGAUCUUCUCUCUUGUCUUCCAUAUGAUAUAUUUUAUAUGUUUAAGCAUAAUGAUGAGAGGAUGGGAUCAUUAUUGAGUGCAUUGAAAGUGGUACGUUUACUUCGACUUGGACGUGUAGCGCGUAAGCUUGAUAAUUAUUUAGAAUACGGAGCAGCAACGUUACUUUUACUUUUAUGCGCUUAUGUACUUGCUGCUCAUUGGUUAGCAUGCGUAUGGUUUUCCAUUGGUGAAUAUGAAGUUAAGAUAAGGUUUUUAGUACCAACUAUGCCUGAAGGAUGGUUAACUAAGCUAUCGAAGGAAUUGAACUCGCCUUUUAAUUAUACAUUCAAGGAUAGAUUGAGGUUGAUUGGUGGACCUCAGCGAAGUUCUGCUUACAUUAGUGCGCUGUAUUUCACGAUGUCCUGCUUAUCAACAGUUGGAUUUGGCAAUAUAGCAUCCACAACUGAUAAUGAGAAAGUGUUCGGUGUGUGCAUGAUGAUCAUUGCUGCACUCCUAUAUGCUGCCAUAUUUGGACAUAUGACAAAUAUUAUACAGCAAAUGACAUCAGCUACUAUAAGAUACCAUGACAUGAUAGCAAAUGUUCGAGAAUUCAUCAAAUUACAGGAAGUACCAAAUGAGCUUGCUGAACGCGUAAUGGACUACGUAAUUAGCACUUGGGCCAUGACUAAGGGUAUCGAUACGUCAAAGGUACUCAGCUAUUGCCCAAAAGAUAUGAAAGCAGAUAUUUGUGUGCACUUAAACAGAAAGGUAUUCAACGAACAUGCCUGCUUUCGACUUGCUUCUGAUGGUUGUCUUCGACAGUUUGCCGUACAUUUAGAGAGCAAUCAUGCAGCUCCCGGUGAUUUGAUUUAUCAUACUGGCGAAUCGGUUGAUGCAUUAUGGUUUGUUGUUUCGGGAUCGCUCGAAGUAAUACAGGACGACGAGGUUGUCGCCAUUUUAGGAAAGGGUGAUGUUUUCGGUGAUGAAUUUUGGAAGCAACUUGGGACAGGUCAAAGUGCUGCCAAUGUGCGUGCUCUCACUUAUACAGACUUACAUUCCAUAAAAAAGAAUAAACUUAUGGAGGUGCUUGAUUUCUAUAAGGCAUUCGCGAAUUCGUUUGCUCGCAAUUUGGUGCUGACAUAUAAUCUUACUCGUCGGUUGAAAUUCCGUAAAGUAGUUGACGUGAAAAGAGAAAAAGAAUUGGAUGAAAGACGUAAAAAUGAGAAGCUUACGGUGCCAGCAGAACAUCCCAUCCGGAAACUAUUAUUUCGGAUGCGCGAGAGACAUGGUACCCGAAUACUUCCAUCGCAGGUCUUUGCUGAUCUCGAAUUGCAAGCCAGGACAAGGCCAUCGGGAGUACGAGCAACUGCUGCUUCAACAGAUAAUUUGAAUGAAGUGCGUUGGAUCAUUGAUGCUCAACGAAAUACAGACAAUAUUAAGCCAAACGUACUUCCUCCCGAACUAAAGUUAUGCUUCGAGCGCAUUGAGGAGAAAUUGAAUAUGGUUAAUUAUAUCUCUCAUAAGCUGGAGAAUUUGGAAAAGCUUGUUUUCGGAUUAUAUCAUCACGCUGGAGAAAGUGAUAAAGUGAACAUUACUGGAACAAAGGAAAACGGACAACGACAGUCAUUAUCUCCGACGAUUGCAAUGGGUUUGAUGAAUCGAACAAAUACGGAUCCAUUUGCCUCAUUUAAUUCACCGCCAAGUAUUGAAUCAACAACCCAGUUAGCCGUUUCCAUUCCACCAUUGCAGGAUCUCAGUACGGAUGACGGAAAUGAUGAAUUUCAAACGUCAGCGCCAAAUUUUGCCACACUGAUAUAUGUCGAAGAUGAAAUAGCAAAUGGUAGUUUGAGUCCACCCAAACUGAAGCGUAUUUGA